ACAGCAGAAUAAGAAUCCGCAGUUGUAUUCCAAAAUCACAUGAAGAUAAUAAAAUGAUAAAAAUUUGGGUUUGAUACGAAUUUUUUGAGUGUUCUGUUUUGGAAGGCCGUUGAGGAUUGACGAGUAAUGAGAAGCGCAACGAUUCUGAAUUCGCAUAGAUAGGCAAGAUUUGGGCACCGAAUAAUUUGUUCUGGGAAGCUGAGGAAAACAAUAGCACGAUGUUUCAGGAUUUUAUCUCCUCGGCUUCCUGCCCUUUUUGUUUCCGCUUCGAUUUUUGACGAUAAUUUUCGUUUGUUUUUUUUUAAAAAUUUUUAAAUUAUUAGAGUAAUACUUAUUUAGAAACUCGGGGGGCUAUGGGUAAAUACCACGAAAACGAAGGGCAGAUUACCGAAACUUGCAGAAAUCAGAAAUUCUCCCCCGAGGUCUUGGGAGAGUCAGGGGAGCAAGGCAUUCGAGGCGAAGCAAUCCAUGGGCAACUCUCAGUCACCUCCCUCUGAUCCUCGAUAUGCUUCCGCAUCCAGAGCUUUCACUCAAAAGGAACUUGAAGAUUUAAGGACUCUGUUCAAGUCUUUGGCAGUUCAGUCGCAGAGCAACGGCAACUACGUCUCUCCCUCCGUCUUUCAGUCAUAUUUUGGACUCGAUGGCCCUCUUGGGGAGAGAAUCUUCGAUUUGGUUACUCAGCAGCGAGGGGAUAAAAAAUUAGCCUUCGAAGAUCUCAUUAUCGCUAAAGCUGCUUAUGAGAAAGGAACAAAAGAUGAAAUUGAUGAAUUCAUCUUUCGCUUACUAGAUGUAUCUGGAGAUAAUAUUCUAGGGAGGUCUGAUUUGGAAUCUGUUCUAAUAGCAAUUUUUAACAACCUAUUGAGCAUUAAAGAUUCUGAAGUCAAGUCAAGUUCCCAUCAGGACGUUGAAGUGUUUUUGAAUACUGCAACUUUCUCGAAGCAUGAAGAAGGAUGCACUGAGGAGGUUAUGUCUUUCCAAGAUUUCAAAAGUUGGUGUACUCAUCUCCCAUCUGUGAGAAAGCUUCUUGGAGGCUUGCUGAUGCCACCUGAUUCAGGGAGACCGGGUUGUCAAGUUCCUCGUCUAUUGCAUUCAGAUGGUAUUGAGUCUGACAUUUUCCUCUUGAGAAAGGAGUAUGCAUGGCUUAUUGGAGGAGCACUUUCUCAGCAAGAAGGGGAAGCAUGGAAGCUUCUGUAUCAUAGUGCUUUGAAUGGUCUUAGUUUUAACACAUUCCUGGGCAACAUUUCAAAUCAUGAAGGCCCUACCGUGUUGAUUAUCAAGGAUGAAGAAGGUUAUAUUUAUGGAGGAUAUGCUUCCCAACCAUGGGAACGGCAUGCAGAAUUUUAUGGAGACAUGAAAUCUUUCCUCUUUCAGUUAAAUCCAAAGGCAUCUAUAUGUAGACCUACUGGAGCAAACCAUAAUCUGCAAUGGUGUGCUGUGAACUUCACUUCAGAGGAUAUCCCAAAUGGUAUUGGGUUUGGUGGACGGGUUAAUCACUUUGGUUUAUUUCUGUCGGCAAAUUUUGAUCAGGGGCAUACGUUUUCAUGUUCCACAUUUGGGAGUCCUUGCCUCUCCAAGACUAGCCGUAUAUCCCCUGAAGUAAUUGAGUGCUGGGGAGUGACUACUGCAGCCCAAGCAGGAAUUCAGGGCAGGGAUGAAGCCGUGAAGGGUACUGUACUUGAGAGGUACAAGGAAGAUCGAAAUAUGCUCAAAAUGGUAGGCCUUGCGAAUUCCAGUGAAUGAAGUAGACCUUGCAUUCUCAAAUCCAUUCCCUUUAUCUCUUGGCUUGGCCUUCGGAUGAAUAGCUUUGUGCUUUGUCAAACCUCUAUCAAUAAGUAGCGAAUUAGCAAUGAACUCCUGGGUUGCUUUCUUGAAAAGCUGGCGCACGUGAAUAUUGCCAUUUGUUUUCUGCUUUAUGCGUCAGCUGUAGACCUCGGAGUUCUUGACUGUUGGAUGAUGAAAGUUCAAUAGCAGUUCUUGAGCAGUGAGUGCUUUGAAAUUUUUAAUUCUAAGGUGGUCGAAAAGCUGCAGUCCUCAAAAGCUUGAGCUUCUUGCUGUAUAAUCUUUAUGUGAAAAUUGAUAAUUGAGAUAAAGUGAAAUAUGCAUUUAAUCCUUUAAAUCUUA